CGGUUUUAGCUGUUUGCUCGCUCGGUCAUUUAAUCUGGGAAAAAUAAAAAUGGUCGUUACGUGUGAGAUCAGCUUUGAUAAUAAUAGACAUGGUACUUUCUACGCGGGUCAACUUGUCAACGGCUGCGUGACCCUCAAGUGCGACAGAUCCAAGGAGGUUCAAGCUGUGCUACUUAAGGUGGUGGGUUAUUCCAUAACCAAAUGGACCGAGAAGAGUCUCGGAUCGUCAAAGCUCUAUGCGGGCCGUGAGGAUUAUCUAGCAUCCAACACUUAUCUGUUGGGCUCCGAGCAAAACAACAACAGACACACCAUUCAGGCUGGAGUGCACAACUACAACUUCGCCUGUCAGCUGCCCUACCAGUGUCCUUCGUCCUUCGAGGGCCGCCAUGGCUGCAUACGCUAUAUAGUCAAGGUCCUGCUGAUUAGACCAUGGAAGUACGACCAGGCCUAUACAAAGGGCUUUACGGUUCUCAAGAUGCUGGAUCUAAACUUUGACACGCCCCAGCUAAGGUUGGCUGCCCACAGCGAGGGUUACCGCACAUUCUGCUGCGGUCCCUGCAAGACGGAUCCUCUCAAAUUGGAGCUAAACCUGCCGCAAGCGGGCUAUGUGCCCGGCCAGAAGAUUCCGGUGACCGUGGUGGUGGUCAACAACACUGCGAUGGCCGUCUCCGAACUUCGACUAUCCCUUGUAAUGCUGGUGCGAUACUACAGCGUGAGUCCAGAGCACUCCCGAGUGGAACGAAUCAUAAUAUCGCGAGCCAAGGGGGACUCGGUGCUGAAGCAGUGCACCCGUUCCCUGACCAUCGAUCUGCCCGUGCCAUCCACCCCGCCCACCUGCGUGGAACUGAGCAACCUCAUCCAGAUCGCCUACCAACUGGAGGUGGAGGCGCUGGUGAAGAGUCUCCGGGAGCAGCAGCUGAUGGUCAUGCCAGUUACUAUCGGAACUAUUCCCCUGGCGGUUUCAGGCAUUGUGGUUCAGCAACCUCCCCGACGUAGUGCCCACUACGAAGGACCGCAAUCCAGAAGGGAUCCUCCCGAUGAGCUUCCCAUGGUGACCGCACUUGGCAGUAUGCCCAGCGAUCUGACGCCCAGUCCGGCUGAUUCAGCACUUCCAAAUUAUGAGGAAUCCAGGCACACGCAGCGCGGCAAUAUCAACGAGGAAGAGCUCCAUGCUUUUGGGGUCAAUGAAUUUGCUCCCCUCUAUCCUGUGUACAAUAUACCCAGUCCUACUCCCGUGCUCUCGGCAAAUAAUCGGAACGCCGGAUUCGUUAAUCAAAGCUUUGUAAAAUAGACCAUGUUUUUCUUGCGAUGCCGCAUGCAAAUCGGGAUAAAUAAACGGUUAGUUCCGAAAUGAGCUUAAA